AUGGUCACCUUCGGCAGCUGGUGGGCUUUAUUCAUCGCCUUCGGCUGGACCAAUUCCCUUGGUGUAUUUCAAGCUUACUAUGAAGAGACCCUACUCCAAAGUUACUCGUCUUCCACAGUGUCUUGGAUCUCAUCCACCCAGAUCUUCAUGAUGUACGGCGGCGGCAUCAUCCUUGGGAAAGUCUUCGACCAGUACGGCCCGCGCUGGCUGCUUAUCAUCGGCGGAUUUGCUCACGUCUUCGGCCUGAUGAUGACCUCCAUCUCUCACGAAUACUACCAGAUCUUCCUCGCGCAAGCCAUCUGCAGUGGCUGCGGCGCCAGCGCCCUGUACUACGCCUGCGUCGGCUCACUGGCCGGCUGGUGGCGAGCCCGGCGCGCCACAGCCUUCGGGAUCGCAGCGUCCGGCGCAUCCCUCGGGGGCGUCAUCUUCCCCAUCAUGGUGGACCAUCUAAUCAACCGCGUCGGAUUCGGAUGGACGAUGCGCGCCGUCGCAUUCCUCAUCCUGGGCGGCCUAGUCAUCGUCAUCCUCACCGUCAAAUCGCGUCUUCCGCACGGCACGAACACCAAACCCAUGCACAUCAAGCAAUACAUCCAUCCGUUCAAAGAACGUACCUUCACGCCGCUCGUCAUCUCCCUCUCCCUCUUCUCCUUCGGCCUCUUCCUCCCCUUCAACUACCUGAUCGCCCAAGCUCAGACAAUCGGCAUGUCCACCAGUCUGGCAAACUACCUCGUGGCGAUCCUCAACGCCGCGAGCGUCUUCGGGCGUCUCAUCCCGGGCCUCGUCGCCGACAAACUCGGCCGGUUCAACGUCAUGGCUGUGGCGACGGUCGUCUCGGGCAUCCUGCCCUUCGCCUUAUGGCUCCCCGCCCGCGGCAAUAUUCCUGAUAUCUUCUUUGCCGUGCUUUUUGGGUUCUUCUCCGGCGCUUAUGUCUCUCUUACCCCUGCACUCAUUGCGCAGGUCUCGCCCAUUUCGGAGAUCGGCAUCCGCACGGGCUCACUGUAUUUCUGCGUUUCGAUUGCCGUCCUCACGGGUAGCCCCAUUGCGGGGGCGUUGGUGUCGGUGGAUGAUGGUAAAUAUGGAUAUCUGGAGAUUUUCGCGGGCGCGACGAUGUGUGUUGGGGCUGGUUCAACAGUCUGUUCCAUCCGAUCCGUCUGUCCCAUCUGCCCCAUCUGUCCCAUCUUUCCCAUCUUUACCGUCUUUCCCAUCCUUCCCAUCUUUACCGUCUUUACCGUCUUUCCCAUCCUUCCCAUCCUUCCCAUCCUUCCCAUCCUUCCCAUCCUUCCCAUCCUUCCCAUCUUUCCCAUCCUUCCCUUCUUCAUCCACCGAGUAGGCGCCCACCUCAACUCCGGCUGCAACCAAUAG